CACAGGCCGACUCAGGGCCAAGGGAGCCCGCCGGCUUCUCUCUGCCCGUGUGGGUCCGCGAAAUUCCGGCCAGGCCUCCCCGCGAUGGCUCUCCCGACACCUGCCGACGGCGCCCUCCCGGCGGAAGCCCGAGGACGAGGACGGCGAAGGAGGCUCGUUUGGACCCCGAGCCAAAGGGAGGCCCUGCGAGCCUGCUUUGAGCGGAACCCGUACCCGGGCAUCGCCACCAGGGAAGAGCUGGCCCGGGCCAUCGGCAUUCCGGAGCCCAGGGUCCAGAUUUGGUUUCAGAACGAGAGAUCGCGCCAGCUGAGGCAGCACCGGCGGGAGUCGGCCCUGGCCGGGCAAACGCGGCCGCAAGAAUGCAGGCGAAAGCGGACCGCCGUCACCCGGUCCCAGACCGCCCUGCUCCUGCGAGCCUUCCAGCAGGAUCGCUUUCUGGGCAUCGCCACCCGGGAAGAACUGGCCAGAGUACAUUUCCAGUGAUAUACCUUUAUCUUUUGGAAGAGAGGAACUAAACCUGCCAUUUCUUGGGUGCUGGGCUGCUUGGAUCAGAGGUUCCGCAGUCUGAACUACUCCACUCUGGUGAAGGUUUCUUCCCUGAAGCCAGUCCCAAGCU